AUGGCAAUUGAAGUCUUCCUCCCCAGUGGAGCCGACGGCGCAGUGAAGCAUCCAAAGAACGAUCCAGUGGAGUCGUCUGAGCCUACCAGCAAUGGAACGGCCACAGCGAAUGGGCAUGUUGAGACGCCUCCUCAGGAGAAGGAGCUUGAAGCCCCGAAAGAACCACAACUGCCCACUGGCUCCAAAGGCGAGAUCAAAGCCCUCGUACAGCGCCUGAAAGAUGGCGAGAUCAAGAUUGAAGAACGAGAGACAUAUCUCUCAUCGCUCGAGCGGAAGCCGUACGGCGAAUUCGCCAUAGUGACCAAGCAAGUCUUCUCCGACAAAGACAAGCUCGAGAAGACGCUUGUCGAGAUCAACUCGCCGCAGCUCCUGACCGCACUGAAAGAGCUUGUCAAGUACUAUCCCGCAGAGCCGCUGCAAUUCGAGAAGCAAGCCACCUUCGAAGACCCGUUCAUGCUGCUCAAUCACUACGUCCCAGAACUCCAAGCGUACAAGCAGAAGACGGACGAUGAUGUCGCGAAGGAGCACAUCGAUCUCCUCAUAGGCUUUCUGGAAAGCGAAGCCGGCGAAAAGGGCCAAGAGGCCAAACGACUAGUCAGGUCAAGCCUGAUCACCUUCGACCUCCUCUGGGUCAUCUUCAAGCCCGGCGAGCUGAUGUACGAGUCUAAGCACGGUCACGAGCGCCUUUACCAGCUGCAGCGCACCGGCUACGGUGAGACGAACGAGCGCGGUAGGUUCUUCGAGGUCUCGUGCGGCUAUACGAACUCCGACGGGGUUCGAUCUGGCAGGUCCUCCACUAGUCUGAGGAUUUGGGAGCGCAACGAGUUUGUGGGACAGAGCCCUGCGAGUGUUGCGGGGCUUUCGGUCUUCCCGCUCAGCUUCCGCGGUCAGCAGGAAGAGCUUAAGGAUAGACUUGUUCAGCGCGGGAAACAGUAUCUGGACAUCCGCGGUGUGACAAGCUAUGAUUAUGAAGGACUGUUUCUCUAUCUCAAGCAGCCGCCGGCGGACUUCUACAACGAAUGUGCUACUUAUGAAGGAACGUGGCUUCCACGUACGGCCGCGGAGCGCAUCGUCGUCGAUAACAAGACAUUCCUCGAGGAGCUGGCGAAGCAAAAGGAAGAUGUCUGCAUCACCUGCCCAGAAAAGAAGAUUUCCGGGGCGGAAGGCGUGUCAUAUGAGAAUUCCGACGCCGACCCACUACUAUGCCCCCCUUAUGUUUACGGCUUCAACCUCGAGAUGAAAGAGUGGUGCCGAUUCUUUGUCGACUCCCUGAAGCCGUUCGGCUGGGUCCCCAACGCCAUGGACCAGCUGGUGCUGCCCGACGCUCAGCGGCGGCUAAUCCGCUCGCUGGUAACCGCACACCGCUUCCCUGAUCAAGCACGCAACGAAGCUACACUAAAGGGCAAGGGCCUCAUCAUGCUCCUGCACGGCCCCCCAGGCUCCGGCAAGACGCUAACGGGCGAACUGGUGGCCGAGCACACCAAGCGCCCGCUCCUUAAAAUCUCCACGGGCGAGCUGGGAAGCUGGGAGCACCGCAUCACGUUCGAGCUGAAGCGGCUGCUGACGUACGCGUCGAUCUGGCACGCGAUUGUGCUGAUCGACGAGGCGGAUGUGUUUCUCGAGGCGCGCAGGAGCGGGGCUAGGGACCAGCUCGAGCAGAACAGCAUGGUUGCGAUCUUUCUCAGGCAGCUGGAGUAUUUCCAGGGGAUUCUGUUCCUCACGUCGAAUCGCGUUGAGGUGUUUGAUCCGGCGAUUAAGAGUAGGAUUCAUCUUGCGCUGCAGUAUAAUGCGCCGGAUGGGGGGACGAGGAGGCAGAUCUGGAGGCAGCAGCUCGCGAAGGUGCCGCUGGAAGAGGCGGAGCUUGAUGUCGAGAGGUGUCUUGCUGUGGUCGUCAAGGCGGAGAUGAAUGGGAGGGAGAUUGCGAAUGCGGUCAAUACUGCGAGGACGCUGGCGGCGGCUGAGGAGGGGAAGUUGAGGCUGGAGCAUCUGGAGACGGUGUUGGACGUGUGGAGCGACUUCCAAUCCGCCAUUGAGAAGAUUGAGAAAGAUGGACAGUCGUGGCAUGAGCGGAAGUAG